GGAUUCGAUGCUCCGACAGAUUUACGAGAUAUUCAUACGGAAAAACAAUAUUCUGCUGUCAUCUGCACAGAUUAAAAUGCUAAGUGAAAAAAAGUACGUGAUAGAAAAAUAUAAAAAAAUAGCUGAGGAAUACCUCAGACACUUUCACAGUGGUGUUGCCACGGAUGAUAAUCUAGAUUUUGUAAUCGAUCGGAUAGAGAAGUCCUUAACAUGCGAUAUUUUUAGAUUAAAGAAUUUUGAAAAAGAAUUUGGCACUAAUCUAGAGAAAUACUACUUUUUGCAGUCUCUGACACGUGGGGAUGGUAUGAAGGUAUUUGGAAUGUAUUACAAGAAUAAGUUCGAUGAGGAUGUUGUGGAGGAUGAUGAGUCGGUGAUCAGGGUUAGAUUUAGUGUUGAUGAGGACCUUUUCGUGUUUGACGGUAUGUUUUUUGGAGCCUUAGGAAGUAACGAGAACGGAGUGUUCGUGGUGAAAAGAGUUUAUUUGCCAAAAAUAGAUGUUAGAUCGAUUGAAAGAUGGGAUUUGCUACAAAGGAAUGUUACGAUUGCUUUCUUCAGCAACAUCAGCCUGGACAAUGACGCUCUAAACCGGAUCAAAGAAGUUGAAUGUGAUAUUGUCGUGUUGACGGGCCGAUUCAACGUAAAAAACAUUUCAAGUACGGUCAUCCGAUUCGCACAGUCAUGCAAAAACGAUAUUAUAGUGAUGCUUGACAGGAAUGAACCUGUUCAGACAAUUCUUCCGGUAAACUUUGAAAUCCCCGAAAAACCGUCCAAUUUACAUCCCGCUACGAACCCUGCACACAUACAAUUGCAUAACAGAAACAUCGUCGUCGUGAAGGAUGAGAUUUGUGCGAAGAAAGCACAGGGCAUGUUCUUUAAAGACAAUUACUACGAAUCGUUCGCAAGAACGUUUCUCUCACAGUAUACGUAUAAUUUUGAGGUAGGGUUCAAGGAGAUACCCCAUUUGAUAUUUGUUGGACAGGACACACGGGCGUUUAUCGUGGAAUGUGAUGGCGUAAUUUUAGCUAGCUGUGGCGGUGAUGACAACGCAUACGUAGAGUAUCGCACAGAGAGCGGCAAAGCAGAGAUAAAAUAUUUGUUUGUUUAG